AUGUCCUCCAACGUCUCUCGCCAGGGCUCAAAUGCGACUUCACCAGCAGCAUCGAUGUCACCGGCUGCGCAGAGAGCGGCCUCACCGUCUGACGAUGGCCGCUCGAGCAAUGCCAGUCGGGCACCCUCUAGCCAGGACCCAUACUACUCCAACGAAGACAUCGCUGCGCUGCACGCGGUAGUCGUCGCUGCUCAGGAAUUGCUCGAUUCAGCGCCUGAACCGAAACCUCUCCCUGCUGCUGCGCUCUUCAAGGCGUACGACGUCGUGCUCCCGACCUAUGGAAUUGACCCCGACUCAGAUCACCACUUGUCGACUUUCGUCUUCCGCGUCGGCGGUGAGCGAGGCGAUGGCAACUUGCUUGACAAGUUCCAAGCUAUCCUCAGUCGAAUGGGAAUCGUCUUGGAGUUUGGCGAUAAUACUACUGCGUCACCGCGAACUUCAGCCUCUACAUCUCCCGCGGUAUCUUCAUCAAGUCGCCAGAGCCAUGCCAUCUCGCGCCAGCAAAUAACUCCACAAAAAGGCCUACAAAACGGCCAUGCCACGACUGCAUCGACAGUCCCACAAUCACCAGCUUCACCUUCACCUUCACUGUCACCGUCACCGUCACCAUCAGUCUCUCCGCCAGAAUCGCAACCUCACCCCCAGGAUGGAUUGGAAUUUUCCGAGACCGACGAUGACGACGAGGAGGAGGAGGGUGCAUAUGAGGAAAUGCGAAAGGCGGUUGUCUCUUCAGCCAUGAACCGCUGGCGCUCUCUGGUUGCGAGUCGUCGAGCACAGCCUGCGCAGCGGAUUCCUUCUUUUCCGAGCAUUCCCGAAGAAGCUUCAGCCGAUGUGAGGAACUUUGAAGCCCAACCUUUUGAAGAUCGACCACCAGUGACCGGGCAUCAAACAACGACGUCUCCACACGUCAAUGGACUCGAGCCACACACUCAAACUUCGCUCAAAGACCCCACAGAUAUACAUACAAGGCCACUUUCUGCUCAGUCAUUUAUGCAUCGCCCCCUUUCUGUUCUAAGUAAUGCUAUACGAUCUACGACUUCUCUAAUUCAAGAAAAUACGCCGCAAGAGGAGCACUUUGACGAGCCAUCACCUCACGAUGAUGAUGAUGUAUUACCUCACAGCCCAGUUGAAGAGCCUCCACAGCAGCUCCAGGAGCAUGAAGAGCCCCAAGAGCCUGAAGAACUCGACGAACCUGAAGCAGAACCCUCUCAACAUACACAGAUCCAAAAUCCAUCAGAAGUCCAUUCUCCAAUCACAGCGGCUCGUUCUCACACUAUAACUAACAACGAAGGCACAAUUGUUCAUCAUCCUGUAUCCCAAGAGCGCACUAGAAAUACAAUACCUCAACACGAACAAUCCGCUGAGGAAGGUCCUUUAACACCCGAGCAGCAGAUUGAUUCGGAAAAGGAGCAGAGCAGGCUCCUCAAACAAGCCGCCAGAGCUCGCGAAAUCUACCUCGCAAGCAAGGUCUUCAACCAUUGGGCUGAUCGCACUGCACGCCGUCUCGAACGAGACGCCGUUGCAAGACGACAUAUGAUACGAUUUCGUUAUUUCCGAUCAUGGAGCCAAGCCCCUGCACUCCGUGAACCUACCACUGACCACAUGAGGGCAGCCGUGGUUGUAAAGAAGUGGCAACGAAUUGUCGCCCAAGAGAAAAGUCUACAGGCGACUGCGAUAGAAGCUGCUCUCGCUUACGAGCAGAGGAGAGUCCAGCGAGUCCUUGAUAUAUGGUCUUGUCAUCGACUCAAACACCUCGGCCGUCAAAUGACAGCCUCGCGCAGUAGGACACAAGCAAUGUCAAAGUGGCUGUCACAGGCUUCACAUGACAAGGCUCUCAUUCAAGCAAUAAAGACCCAGACGACUUUGCGACUCCAAGUGGAUGCCAUUCACAAAUGGCAGGGCAUGUCAGAAAAUGAAAGCCAACUAUACAACACUGCCAGGAGAAUUGGAGAUAUUCAGCACUCCUUCACAUAUCUUCGGGAAUGGUGGGAUCAAGCUGAGGUCAGUCGAAGGGCGGUCGGGUACCGCCAGCGAUUGAUGAUCGAGAAGGCAAACCUUGCUUUCGAUGAGUGGAACUUGAGGGCAAGAGCCCAGGCAUUCCAGUGGAGGCGCGAGUAUCUUCAAGUGACGCGAGUGUUCGACCGAUGGUUCCAAUGCGCCGAGCAGGAUGCGGACAUGGGCCGAAGAGUAGAAGAGUAUUAUGAGGGGCAAGCGAAGUCCAACGUUAUAAGGACUUUCAGGCAAUUUAAUCGUGAUUCGUUGCACAGGUCACGUCUGGGAGAUCGAGCCCAACUCUAUCUCGGAGCUACUAAGUUGUUGCAAGUCUUUGAUCGAGCGAUCAAGAGCCGUAGGGAUCAAGACAAGCAGCAGGUCAAAAGGUAUUUGAUGGCUAGGUAUACCCAAGUCUCUUCUGCUCGAAAGAAACGCAAUUUCUUUGCCGCUAUCGAUCGAUGGAGGGUAUUGGCGACGGAGGAUCGGGCACGAAGCGACUUGAUACAAGAGUUGCGAACCCAUAAAGACACCCAAAAGGUUAUUCUAAUUACUGGUACAUGGAAACGCCAAGCGGACAUUGACCAAAGGCGCAUGCAAGAAGCCAAACUGCAACAUGCAGAGGGAUGGUUGGAAGCUUGGAAAGUGUACACCGUCGACCUUGAGCAGCGGGAUACAGAUGCCUGGCAGCUUUGGGCAGCCGACAAGCAACGGCAGUCCCUCAAGUCCUGGUCGAUUGCAUCGUUACAACAAAGUGGACAGGGUCACACUGCAAUUGAAGUUCAAAGGAAGCACGAACGCGAAAGGCGUAACCGCGUGCUGCAAUAUUGGCGUCAACGGGACGAUAGAAUUCGAUCCAUGGCUCCUGGAACUCGCCCACAGCCACAAUCUGUGCCGGCUGCAUGGCCACGCGGAAGUUGGCGAGCACUGUCUGGGAGGCGGUCGCUGGCCAGUCGCAAUGAUAGGGGCUUUGAUUACUCCAGUACACCGCUCGAGACACCGACCAGAUGGACUGGGCAGCCAUUCUCCAUGUCGACUAUGAUGCCACCAGGAUCCAUGGCUCCGCUUCGAGAGGCGGACGAGAAUGAUGAAGCGUUUUCGCUGGCUGGCGAUGAAGAUGAUGAGCUACCAGCCUCGCCAUCUUUGAGGCCUGCUUCGCGAGGACCUGGCCAGUUCUCCGGUCUGCCAUCAACGACACCGAUGGCACCAGUCCCAUCACAUUUGGAGCGAGAUACUCAGGGUCGUGACCCCGAGUUUGACCAGGACUUGGCAAGCACAGCAGGUCCCGGCCGGCAUGAACCCUCACGGCGGCCAGUAGCUGCGAGAUCAUUUGGGAUCAGACCUCCAAAUGGGCGCACAAUUGGGCCUUUGCCUUCCUCGCCGGAGCCAAACUCCCCAGCCAUCAUCAGUAAAUCCGUGGGCGCGAGGCCAUCUGCGACGCGAUUUGGACUUCCUCGACAGACCACUACAACUAAGUUUACGCCAGCCACAAGAUCUGUGCGUAUUCAAUCACCGAGAACACUAUCGGCUACACCACAAUCUCGGUCACCAAGGGUUCAGCUGCGUGGCCAUGUGAGUACAAACCAAUAA